UCCUUGCUUCAGGUCUGAGCUACAGGCAGUUAGAUUUGGGCAUGUCAUAUUUGGCCAAAAUUUUUAAAAAAGGGUCCGAUCCUUAAGAGUAACUCCUGUCAGCAACGGGUGUGGCUGAAAUAGCCGAAUCCAUUAAUUUGAAGGGGUGGCCACAUACUUUUGUGUAUAUAUAGUGUAUAUCAGCAUGGUAGAAUUCAAUGGCUUGUUCAUUCUUGCAUGUUCUUUGUUUUGAGCAGCUUUUGAAAGCAAAAGUCGAAUUGAAAACAUUAAUGUUAUUGGCAUUGUUGAAUUCAAUUUUCAUAAUGGCAAGCUAGGACUCAUGGUUUGGUUGGCUACGCAUAGUCCCUGGUUGAUUAUCCCUUACAUAUGCACGGUAUAUCAGCAUGGUAGAAUUCAAUGGCUAUAGUUCAUUCUUACAUGUUCUAUGUUUGAGCUGCUCUAAUUUAAAGCAUUGUUGUCAUUGGGAAUUCGAUUUUCAUAAUCGCAAGCUAGGACUCAUGGUUGUUUAGCUAAAUUAGCAAGUCUGUUUGUUUGGUGACCAAGGCAACUACUGUAACUAUCUAGUAAACUAACUUGCUAGCUACUUUAGUUGAUGUUGAACACAUUUCUAGUGGCAUAUGUGUUAAAUUAAAGCCAUGGGAUAAAAGGGAUAAUCAACACGGGGCUCUAUGCGUUCUCUGGAAAAUUAACAAGUUGAAAUAGCCUUGUAAAGAUGGAUUCAGGGGAAAUGUUUACCUGGGGACUCAAAGGUGAAAACAUCAAAGAGAGAGAACAAAUGAAUGUGAAGCUCUCUCUCUCUCUCUCUCUCUCUCUCUGUCUGCCUCUCUCUCUCCUAUCAUAGACCCUACUAUAUAGGAAAAUAUACUCCUUUAAACUUCCACUUUAAAGUUUGCAAUAGAAUGAAUUACAAGAGGAUGUGAUCUGUUGGUCAGUGUUAUCAAACCAUCUGCUGGUUCAUCAUGAGAGCUACUCAGAACUCAGACCUGCGUUUCCUGAGUAACUGUUAGGUCACCCUAUAGGUAGUUUCCACACUGCCUUUCUGUGUCUGAAGGGACUCAGUCCACACAUCAAGCUGUGAAAAGGACAGACUGACAUAUAUCACAAACGGGACUGAUUGACAUUAUGUGCUUGUUCUUAAGGAUAGCUUUUCUCUUGGUCCAAGUAAGAGGUCACUGUUACACCUCCAUCAACUCAGCCCAUGUGGACCAAACGAUCCGGCCGGGCCACAGCUUCAGCCUGGCCUGUGAGUUUGUCUGCCUGCAGCCCAGCCAUACGAUGCAGUGGUGGAAGGAUGGCCAGGUCCUACUUAAUGCUAGCUCCAUCCUGCCCAACAUUACUCUGUCUAUGCAUGUGAGUGGAGCUGGGGAGAAGGACAGUGGGAACUAUAGCUGUAGGACAGAACCACCUGAUGCCCUGGGCACCACAGCUGUUAUUACAGUGGAAGACCUCCCUACCUCUGGGCCCUCUGUCAAUACCCUUGAGCCCACAGUAGAGCCAAAGCAGGGUGUUCUAGAUGUUGUGAUGGUGUGGUACCUACUGUUGAAGGCUAUAUUUCUCAUCCUCAUGGUGACCACUAUAGCUCUGGUUCUAGCCUGCAGGCUCCGCUGAAUACAGUAUGGCUCUCAAGCUUAUAACAUGCUGCCAUGCGGCUUUGCUUCCAGCUAUUGUUGAAUUUUAACAGCACAUGCGGUGGAACGCUGUAAAUCAUCUUCAAGUGCUAGUGAUCUUAGUUUAAAAUGUUGAUGAAACAGUUGGUUUUGAUCUGUGUAUUGUGUUUGUUCAAUUAUAACUUAGAAUCUUGUUAGCCUACAUGAUUAACUAUUUGGUAUAAUUAUUUCUUCAAACCUGUACUGCUCCUGCAAUAAACUAUUUUUUUUUCUA